UCGCAUCGCAUCUCGGUUCAGAAAUCAGAGCCCCCAAAACCACCAAAACCUGAAACUGAGCCCGCAGCAAUGGCCUCUAGAACGCUAUCCUUCUCCUCGCUGGCCUCCGCCUUCGCCCCCUACACCCCGCGCUCCAGACCCACGCAUCCUCCCCUCCGCCUCCUCCUCGGCCUCCACCUCAGCUCCGGCCACCUCCUCCGCGCCUCCUCUCUCUCCACCGCCGCCGCCGCCCCUGAUGCGGACGCGGACGCCGACCCCUACGAAGGCGUCGACACCGUCGAGCACCUCCUCGCCCCGAAGCCCACCUCCCCGGGUGGCGGCGGCGGCCGGAUGAGCCGCCUCAUGAAGCUGCAGCGCCGCGCCGACGCCGACGGCCCGGCGCCGGGAAGGGGGAGGUGGUUCCCUUACCUGGACGCCUUCCGGGGAGCGGGGGGCGUGGAGGUGACCAGCCAGGAGGUGGUGGACGUGCUGGAGCCGUACAUCCUCGAGCCGCGGCGGGACCGGAUCCGCCACGCCGUCCGGAGCAGGAGCUACUCCGUCUGCCUCGUCGUCGAGGGCCUCUCCGACUUCGGCAACGUCUCCGCGGCCUUCCGGUCCGCCGACGCCCUCGGCGUCCAGUCCGUGCACGUCAUCUCCUGCGAGGCCAACAAAAGGUAUAGAGACAAUAGGCAUGUGAGCAUGGGUGCUGAGAAAUGGCUCGACAUCGAGCUAUGGAACUCUGCCGCAGAAUGUUUUCAUGCUCUGAAAAAGCGUGGCUAUCGCAUUGCAUCUACUUGUUUGGGAACUGAUUCGGUUUCCGUGUAUGAUAUGGAUUGGUCUCAUCCGACGGCUAUUGUUGUGGGCAAUGAGACUAUGGGUAUUAGCGAGGUCGCUCUGAAGUUGUCAGACUUGCACUGUUGUGUUCCAAUGAAAGGCAUGGUGGAUUCUUUUAAUGUAUCUGUUGCAGCUGGAAUCCUUAUGCACCAUGCUGUUUGUGAUAGAGUUUCCCGCCUUGGUCAGCAUAGUGAUCUCUCGCCCGAAGAAAAUAGAAUAUUGCUUGCAGAAUUUUAUUUGCGACAUAGAGAGAGCACAACUACAGUAAUUCACGAAUAUGCCAAAAGGAAGGCAGAUAAUGUGGUGGCCAAACUUUGAGAUGAUCACAGUGGCUGCUGAAGGAAAAAUAUGUACAAGCUAGUUUAUUAAACAGUGAUUUGUUUUGGAUACUUCACUAUAGGAUCAACUUUAGACUAGCUGGUAAGUUGUUUCAUUUGUCUUUUGAUUUGCUUUUAGUUUGAAACAUAUAGUCAAUAUCACCACUAUUACGAAAUGCUAAAAGGUUGCCACACACAAUUUGCUUUGUAACUGCAACGGUUUGGUUGCUGCAAUGCCCCUCCUGUAUAGUAUUUGGCCACUCCCUCACCGGUCUCAUACUCAUAAAAUGUGAAUCCUUUGAGCGAUUAACUUUUAUUGGCAUCAUUUUCAAAGAUGUCCAUAUAUAUUGGCACCCAUUUAAGGCAGCAUGUGUUCUUUAAAUCUUUAUACUCUUUAUAUCGCCUUUUUAGGUGCUCAUCAUGCUAAUGUGUGUUUGCAGACAGUAAUCCGAGAUGUGAUUUGGCUUGUGACUGCAAAACUAUAAUUUGUUUUGAGGCGUCAUAACUGGAUGCUGCA